UCUAGAACCUAGGAACUACUGUCGCCAACCAAAAUUGUGAAUAUUUCGUAACACCAACAGACACACCUACAAAUUAUUUGCGCUCAGCAGCAGCCAACGAAAUUGUUCAAUUCGAUUGUGUAUAUUUUUAUGCGAGCCAUGGACACGCUGCCGGAUGAGUAUCUGGCCAUUCCGGACGACGAGCGACUGGGCUGCAAGUUGGAUCGCUCCUCACGCCGUCGCCAUGACCAUGAAGCCAUGGCCGCCGCCCAUGUGGCGGCGGGAAAACAGAGGCCACCCAAGCCGGAGGGCAAAAAGUGGCGCCGGAAGCUGUCCGAAUGCGAGCAGGAGAAACACUCACUGGCCCAGGCCAUCCAAGAGAAGAAUCAGGAGAUUUUCGACUUGAAGAAAUCUGUGGAUUCCCUGAACGACGUCCUCAACUCGGUGCCCAUUGAUGAGCUGCGCUCCAAUUCCUCGAUAGCCAGCACCAAGAUCCUGGAGUUGAGCAAGAAGAACCGACAGAUGCGAGCCGAGCUGGAGCAGGCGAAGAGUAGGCUGGCCAAAAAGGAUGCACAUAUCGAGAAGCUGGAAAGGGAUCUUCGCUGCCACGAGGAGAAGCUUCAGCAGAACCAGGAGCUGCUGAAGAAAGGCUGCUCCGCGGAGGAGCUGCAGGCCAGGAUCAAUAGCAUGCAGCAGAAGCUGUUCGAGAGCAGGAAUAAGGGAACCGAGCUGCAGACCCAACUGAAGCUGGCCCAAAAGUGCCUGCAGCACGAGAUUGGCGAAAGCGUCAACAUCAAUAUCCUGGCCAAUAAUCUCAAUCAGGCCAAUUGGCGUGGUCGUGCCCAGCAGAUCAUCACUCUCACCCAAAAAGUGCAGGAACUCAAGGCUCGGCUGGAUUCCUACGAGGACAGAGUGGCCGAUCGCGUGGAAUAUGCCCCAGUUCCCUUGGGCUCCCAUCUGGAUUUGGUCACGGGAAACGGCCGAUCCCAUCACGCCAGCUCCGAGAGAUUGGGAGGAGGCGAUGCCGGCGGAACAGCCACCUUUGAUCGCUUCACUCCGGGCGUGCGAAAGAGUGAGAUUCUCCACCGAGCCAAGGUGGAAUCGCUGGAGAAGGAGAUCCUCAGCCUGCAAAAUCAGCUGGAGGAGCAGCGCGGCAAGGUGCUCGCUCUGAAGGUGAGAAACAAGACCCUCAACGAGGACCUGACCAAGUACAAGAUGCGUUCCAAUGAACUGGAGGAGCAGACCGACUUCAACGGCGUCAAUAUCAAUACCAUGAAUGACCGGCUGAACCGCCAAAGGAUUCAGUACGAGAGCCGUCUGGACGAGAUGCGCGGCGAAAUGAUCCGGGUGACCGAGGAGCGCGAUCUCUCGCGGCGCCAAAUGGAGGAGCUGAGCGGCAUGCACCUGGAGCUACAGACGGUGGUCAAGCAGAAGGAUGUGGCCAUGGCCAGUCUGCAGGAGAUGAUCAAGAAGUUGGAGAUGGACCUGCGCGCCCUCUCUGGGGGAUUCCUCUUCUCGUGUCGCGAGUUUCGAAAGGAAGAAUUUGUGGGCAUCCUGGAUGCCCUCGAGGUGGAGAAGAACCAGCUCAUGCUGCUGACCAAGACACUGGGAGAACGCCUGGAGACGGAGCGGACCAAGAACGAGGCCGCCCAGGAACAGAUCGGAAAGCUAAAGGCUCGUAUCAGCCGGUUGGAGGUGAAGAUCAGGGACCUGGAGAAGGAGCUCGAUGUGCAGUCCGACAAGAAGAAGCGCACCCAGCGAAUGGCCGACUACGCCAGUUCGCUGAGUCGCACUUCUCUUAACGGAUCGAUUGGCUCCUUCUGCUUCGAGAAUCAGUCCCAGUUCCAAUCCACCGCAACACUGAAUUCGGCAGGACAGACGGAGCCCAGAAUAGAGGAUCUUAAGAAUAAUCUGGAACUGGCCAAGGAGAAGAUCACCAUGCUCACAGAGAAGCUCGAGUAUAUUACCGAGGAGAAGCACGCCGAUGCCAAGUUCUUUGAGGAGACCAUCAACAACUCCAAGACCAUAAUCCUGGACACCAUUCUCGGUGCUCGCGAAGGAGGCACACUCUGCAGCAAAAGUGCUGAACAGACCACCAGCGAGAUUUCCAUUCACUAAUAUGGAUGGUUAACAUGAGCUUUUUAUUUUAAUUAAUUUGUAUGUUCUUUCCAAUGCGAAUAACUCGACAAAAAAUAAUGACAAUGUCUAUUAUUAAAAGCGAAACCAUUAUCUAAUUUUAAUGGCAUUGCAAUUAAGCAUUACUUCCUAAAACAAAUAAAUUGUAAGAGCAAAAAAACGACUUAAAUUUUCAU